AUGACUUCGCACUCUAACACUGUCUUUUUCUUGCCCAGCAUGGGACAGAAGAUUAUUCCAAAAAAGAAUUAUCAAAAGCUCAAUCUAAUUCGCAGAAAAGAUCUAAUCACGCCAGAUAUGUCUGCUCGCCGGAAAUCAGAAUUAUGUUAUCUCGAUAUGCCUGCUAGUGCUAUGGCAGAAGUCAAGGCCGGUGAAUAUCAAUGUUACACUUGUUCACUUUUCGGUCAUGUGUACGAAGAUUGCCCAGACAAAGGAAUGAAGAAACGCGAAGGCUUUGGGGAUUGGAGAUUAGUCGACAACGGCAUCGUUUACAGCGUCCUAGCUCUAUGGCCGCAUCUCGCAGUUAAAACGGGGGUGGGAGUGGCGCGUGAAGGUGCCAUUGAAAUUGAUACUGUGUCAAGUGGAAAGAGAGAUUGUGUUGAUCUUCGGAUUGAGCAUUCGGGGAAGAGGGUAGCGAGCGGAGCAUUACUUGUCCAAGGUUCCGACGCGAAAAGCAAGGUACCAGCUUCGUGUUAUGACGAUGCGGUAUUUGUCGAUAAUGACUUUGCAAUCUGUGUUUAUGGAACCGAAAGAGAUUCAUCAUGUACAAUAAUCUUAGAGGAGUAUACACAAUGUUGA